GAUGCGGUGCAUUCCAUCCACUAGAUGGGUGGGUUGGUGGGCAAACUUGUGUGUCCAUGAAUGUAGGUGAGUGGAUCGGUCGGCAAAGGACAAUAAUGGAUCAGGACCAUCUGCUCUGGGCUUAAAAAAAAGCGUCGCAUCGCCGAUCCAGUUUCCAUUGUCGACAGUAAAUCGAUCACCUCUUCUCUCUUGCAAAUUUUUUGCUCACUAGGCUUCUAGGCACCAAUCGUCCCCAACUCCUUGCGGCAAGUACGUCCGAGUCCGACGACGUUGAUAUCAGCGGACGCGACGGCCAUGGCUGUGGCGCCGGAGCAGCACCAGCAACCUGCAGGGGCAUCCUCAUCACCUCGCAUCCGCGUCCACGACACCACCUUGGUGUCGCCGUCUCCAUCACCGCGGGAGGCCUCUCUCCCGCUCACCUUCUUCGACAUCUUCUGGCUCAACUCCCCACCCGUCGAGCGCCUCUUCUUCUACCGCCUCUCUCCCGACGCUGACGUCGCCACCAUCGUCUCCAACCUCAAGAAAUCCUUGCAACAGGCCGUCCGCGCCUUCUACCCGCUCGCCGGCCGCCUCCGCCUCAUCCCCGGCACGUCCGACCGCUACGAGCUGUACUACCGCCCGGGUGACGCCGUCACCUUCACCGUCGCCGAGUGCGCCGACGAUGAGGACAUCGACAGCCUCACCACCGACGACCCCAGGGAGGUUUCCAAGAUUGCGCCGCUCGUUCCGGCGCUGCCGGAGGGAGGCGGGCUGCUCGCCUUGCAGGCCACGCUGCUGUCCGCAAGCCGCGCCCUCGCCAUCGGUGUCACCCUGCACCACGCCGCCUGCGACGGCUCGAACUCAACGCACUUCCUGCACACCUGGGCAGCCGCCUGCAGCGGCACCGAAGCUCCGCCCCCACCUGUCAUCGACCGGACUCUCCUCGCGGACCCGAGGGGCCUCUACAACGUCUUUUAUCAAGAGGCACCGAGCACUGAUGAGAUGGAGUUCGCCAAAAUGUCCGCUGACCAGCUCUUCGCCACGUUCACUCUGUCCAAGGACGACCUGCAGCGCAUCAAGGAGGUCGUGGCCGACGAGGCCGCGAGGCGCGGCGUUGCGCCGCCACGGUGCUCCUCUCUGGUUGCCACCUUCGGCUUCGUCUGGUCAUGCUACCAGCGAGCCAAAGAGAGCUGCGGCUCCGGCGAGGGCCCAAUGACCUGCAUCCUCUUCCCUGUCAACCACCGCUCGCGGAUGAAGCCUCCGCUCCCGGAAAGGUACCUCGGCAACUGCGUCGGCCCAGCAUUCGGGAUGGCACCCAAGAGCGAGCUGGCGGUGGCAGGCGUAGGAGGCCUCUUCACAGCGUGCGCCGCGGUCGCCUCCGCCAUUGACGAAGCUGUGCGCGACAUCGGGACAUCCAGCAUGGACGCCUGGUCGGACCGCAUCAAGGAGGCAAGCGCAAAUGGCAUACUGUCCGUGGCUGGCUCACCGAGGUUCCGUGUCUACGAGCUGGACUUCGGUUUUGGCCGGCCACUGAAGGUGGACAUCGUGUCCGUGGCGAGGACCGGCGCAAUGGCGGUCGCGGAGAGCCGGAGCAGCGCCGGCGGGAUGGAGAUCGGCGUCUCUUUGCAGCCGGCUGACAUGGACAGGUUUCGGAAGUGCAUGGCAGACGCCAUCGCGUGGCUCCACAACCACAACCACCAGAGCUGACAUGUGUGUCUGCUGGUGCUGGAGAGCAACAAGCCAAUGGCCAACCUUAGCUUGCAUGAACGGUCUUUUACAAGACCAUUUUUUUGUCUUUUUAUACAACGCACUGCGAUUUUGUUUAAGAUAAUGAUGUUAUAUAUAAUUUUCGCCCAAGCACACUUA